AUCUCAAAUCUACUCACCAACCCCACCACACUAUCCCCUAAAAAAAAAAAAAAAAAAAAAAUUUAAAACCCAACCAACUCUCAUAUAUACCAAAGCCCAACCAAAGUUUCAUACAAAAACUCUCUCCAUCUUUCUCUCUAUUCCAUUAUGGCUCUCCUUCUAAUCAUUCCCAUCGCAAUCGCCCUCCUCCUUCUCUCAUACAAGCUCUACCAACGGCUGAGAUUCAAGCUCCCCCCGGGCCCACGCCCUUGGCCGGUAGUCGGAAACCUCUACGACAUUAGGCCAGUGAGGUUCCGUUGCUUUGCGGAAUGGGCCCAGUCCUAUGGGCCAAUCAUAUCGGUGUGGUUUGGGGCCACUCUGAACGUGGUGGUGUCGACGGCGGAGCUGGCGAAGGAAGUGCUGAAGGAGAAUGAUCAGCAUCUGGCCGACCGACACCGGAGCAGAUCGGCGGCGAGGGUCAGCAGAGACGGGAAGGACCUGAUUUGGGCCGAUUAUGGACCUCAUUACGUGAAGGUGAGAAAGCUUUGUACUCUUGAGCUCUUCACGCCUAAGAGGCUUGAGGCAAUGAGACACAUCAGAGAGGAAGAGGUUAGGGCCAUGGUUGAGUCCAUUUUCAAGGACUGCGCCAAUCCCGAAAAAUAUGGCAAAAGUUUGCGGGUGAGGAAUUUCCUAGAGGCGGUGGCCUUCAACAACAUAACAAGGCUGGUGUUUGGGAAGCGGUUUAUGAACUCCGAGGGGGUGGUAAAUAAGCAAGGGAAGGAAUUCAAGGGAAUUGUCUCGAACGGGAUUAAGAUCGGCGCGUCGCUUAACAUGGCGGAGCACAUCCCUUGGCUGCGUUGGAUGUUCCCACUAGAGGAGGAGGCAUUCAUCAAGCAUGGAGAUCGCAGGGACAGACUCACCAAGAUCAUCAUGGAAGAGCACACUCAAGCUCGCAAGCAGGGUGGUGGUACCAAACAACAUUUUGUCGACGCUUUGCUCACUUUGCAGGACAAGUAUGACAUUAGUGACGACACCAUUAUCGGACUCCUUUGGGACAUGAUCACUGCGGGCAUGGACACUACGGCUAUAUCCGUUGAGUGGGGUAUGGCUGAGCUAAUCAGGAACCCGAGAGUGCAGCAAAAGGCCCAAGAAGAGCUAGACCGGGUUAUCGGGUUGGAGCGGGUCCUUAAUGAAACUGACUUCUCAAACCUGCCUUACUUACAAUGUGUAGCCAAGGAAGCAUUGCGAUUGCACCCUCCAACACCAUUGAUGCUUCCCCACCGAGCCACCGCAGAUGUCAAGAUCGGCGGCUACGACAUCCCUAAGGGCUCGAUCGUUCACGUUAACGUCUGGGCCGUAGCCCGUGACCCAGCUGUUUGGAAAGACCCGAAUGAGUUCCGCCCUGAAAGGUUCCUAGAGGAGGAUGUUGACAUGAAGGGCCAUGAUUAUAGGCUUUUGCCUUUUGGGGCGGGUCGUCGGGUAUGCCCCGGAGCUCAACUAGGUAUAAAUUUGGUUACGUCCAUGUUGGGCCACCUAUUGCAUCACUUCCGUUGGAGUCCACCUGAAGGAAUGAAGCCAGAGGACACUGACUUGGCAGAAAGCCCAGGGAUGGUCACUUACAUGCGCACCCCAUUACAAGCUAUUGCCACUCCAAGGCUACCUUCCCACUUGUAUAAACGCGAGGUUGUGGAUGAGUAAUUUUCAGUAUUGUGUUAUUGGUACCCUUCUCUAUUUUUCUUUAGGAUUUGGAUUAUGUGUUAAAAGAGUGGUCAAAAUUGUGGCUCUUUUGAACUUUUACAAGAGGAGUCGUUGUUAUUAUUAUUAUUAUUAUUGUUGUUGUUGUUGUUGUUCCACGGGUUUUAACACUUUUUGGCGAAAUGAUCCUAAUAUAGAAAGAUUAUCAGUACAAAUUGGUAAUCGUUGGACCCGUAAA